GAUGUUGUCGCGUGUCGCUUUGCCGCGGUUUUCCUUAUCGCGCAACGCUACGCAAGCAAAAUUAGAAAUUAAUCGCAUUUAAAAAUCGCAUUUUAUUACCAUUUAAGCUUUUAAUUUGUGUUUUAAAUUAUUGGAAAAGUGUAUGGCCUUGUAAAAGGUUAAAGUGCCGUCGUUGGCGUGAUCGAAAAUAUGCAUGGAAAUGUGUGAAAAUUUGCUAGUGCUCCCAUAUACAUACAUACAUAUCGGUCUGUGAUUAAUCAGAUGAUUUAGUUACAAAUAUAAAAAAAAUUAUGUGAAUAUAUGUACAUACAUACAUAUCUCUGCAUCGAAAUCUUUGAAGCGCACAAUUCUUUAGAUUCUAAAGUACGAGUAAACGCUCAUAUUGACACAGCAGAACAACAAGGACAACGACAAAUCUGUGCAAUUAACUCGUAUAACCGGCCGCAAACAGAACAAUAGAGAACAACAGCAGACUCAGAGGGGGCUUACCCCACCCACCAAUACACACACAUACACACACACAGCGACACAUCACGCAUUAGAGACAAGCAUACGUUAUUCUCCCCACUCCACAAUUUCCCGUCCUUCAACAUGGGCGACAAUAUAAUUGGCUCGGCGAGCUUCCUUCACUUGGGCGACAUUGUUUCGCUUUAUGCGGAGGGCAGUGUCUGCGGUUUCUUGAGCACACUCGGCCUGGUGGAUGACCGAACCGUAGUGUGCCCAGAGGCUGGAGAUUUAAGUUGUCCGCCCAAGAAGUUUAGAGAUUGCCUUAUCAAAAUAUGUCCUAUGAAUCGAUAUUCUGCACAAAAGCAGUUCUGGAAGGCAGCCAAGCAAUCAGCCGGCUCCAACACAGAUCCCAAUCUUCUCAAGCGUUUGCAUCACGCAGCGGAGAUUGAGAAGAAACAGAAUGAAACGGAGAACAAGAAGCUGCUGGGCACCUUUAUACAAUAUGGACGAGCUGUGGUGCAGUUGCUCCACUUGAAGUCCAACAAGUAUCUGACGGUUAACAAGCGUCUACCUUCGUUGCUGGAGAAGAAUGCGAUGCGUGUUUAUCUGGAUGCGAAUGGAAAUGAAGGAUCUUGGUUCUACAUUAAACCCUUUUACAAACUACGAUCCAUUGGAGACUAUGUCGUUGUGGGCGAUAAGGUGAUUCUCACUCCGGUGAAUGCGGAUCAACAGAAUUUGCAUGUGGCUGCCAACUAUGAGUUGCUCGAUAAUCCCGGCUGCAAGGAGGUUAAUGUUCUCAACUCUUCCACAUCGUGGAAAAUCUCAUUGUUUAUGGAGCACAAGGAGAAUCAAGAGCACAUACUCAAAGGUGGCGACGUGGUGCGUCUCUUUCACGCCGAACAGGAAAAGUUUCUCACAAUGGAUGAGUACAAGAAGCAGUACCAUGUCUUUCUAAGGACCACAGGACGAACCAGUGCUACGGCGGCAACGAGCAGCAAAGCCCUCUGGGAGAUCGAGGUGGUACAGCAUGAUUCAUGUCGCGGCGGUGCCGGCGAUUGGAAUUCUCUGUACCGCUUCAAGCAUCUAGCCACGGGUCAUUACUUGGCUGCCGAAUCCGAGUCCGAUGUGGCAGCUGGUGCAGUUCCAACGAAUGUACACGAGUCUCUGCUGGCGGAUUGCAGCAAGGACUCGGGUCUGAGCUGCACCAUGAACUCCACUUUGAAUGACAAGCCGAAGGGAAAACAAUAUCGUCUUGUCUCCGUGCCAUAUUCGGCGGACAUUGCCUCGGUCUUUGUGCUGGAUGCAACGACAAUGGCCCGACCUGACAGUUUGGUGCCACAGUCGAGUUAUGUGAGAUUGCAACACAUAUGCUCUAACACGUGGGUGCAUGCCACAUCGAUACCCAUCGAUGCGGAUGAUGAUAAGCCGGUGAUGUCGAAGGUUUGCUGCUCACCCAUCAAGGAGGACAAGGAAGCGUUUGCCUUGAUACCCGUAUCGCCAGUUGAGGUGCGUGAUCUGGACUUUGCCAACGAUGCGUGCAAGGUGUUGGCAACGGUGACCAGUAAACUGGACAAUGGCAGCAUAUCGAUCAAUGAGCGACGAGCAUUGAUUUCCCUGCUCCAGGAUAUUGUCUACUUCAUAGCGGGCAUGGAGAAUGAACAGAAUAAAACGAAGGCACUCGAGUUCACCAUCAAGAAUCCCAUUCGCGAUCGUCAGAAGCUGCUACGGGAGCAAUACAUCCUCAAGCAGCUGUUCAAGAUACUGCAAGGACCGUUCCAGGAGCACGUUGCGGGUGAUGGUCCUUUCCUGCGUCUGGACGAGCUGAGCGAUCCCAAGAACGCUCCCUACAAGAACAUCUUCCGGCUAUGUUAUCGCAUACUGCGUCUCUCCCAACAGGACUAUCGCAAGAACCAGGAAUACAUUGCCAAGCACUUUGGAUUGAUGCAGAAACAGAUCGGCUACGAUAUCCUGGCCGAGGAUACAAUUACCGCACUGCUGCACAACAAUCGCAAGCUGCUGGAGAAGCACAUCACGGCUGCGGAAAUCGAAACCUUUGUCGGACUUGUUCGCAAGAAUAUGCACAAUUGGGAUUCACGAUUCCUCGACUACCUGUCCGAUCUGUGCGUCUCGAAUCGCAAAGCUAUCGCAGUCACCCAGGAGCUCAUCUGCAAGAGUGUCCUAAGCGAUAAGAACGUGGACAUUCUGAUCGAUACACAGAUCAAGGCCAUAAGAGGAGGAGCUGCUGUGCGCUGUUACAAAGGUGCCUCCGAGGAUGUCUGCCUGGCCACGCUCACUGAGGUCGCUGGCGAUGAUGAGGAUCGCUCGGAUGUGCAGUCCACAUCAACGACAACCACCUGGGAUAGUGCGAGCUUUAGCGAAGAGGAUGUAAUGUCGCCAGGCGAGAAAUACGAGAUACAUUUGCAGUGGAAGGGUCAGCCGUCGUCGCGCUCCAUGGCGGAUUUGGCCAACUGCGUGGCCGAUGGCUCUGAACAGGAGGCGGCCAUAUUAAACUAUUAUCGCCAUCAGCUGAAUCUGUUCUCCAACAUGUGCCUGAAUCGUCAAUACUUGGCUCUAAACAGACUCUCUCCCCAAUUGGAUAUUGAUUUGAUAUUAAAAUGCAUGUCGGAUGAAACGAUGCCCUAUGAACUGCGUGCAUCCUUUUGUCGUUUAAUGCUUCACAUGCACGUAGAUCGUGAUCCUCAGGAGCCCGUGACACCCGUCAAAUAUGCGCGACUCUGGAGCGAAAUACCCUCAAAGAUGUCCAUUAUGGACUAUGACGGAAAGAAUCAUCAACCAUCGGAUCAGAAUAAACAGGCGUGUCGUGCCAAGUUUAAUACGACCAUCGCCUUUGUGGAGAACUAUCUGUGUAAUGUGGCCACCAAGGUGUGGCUCUUCACGGAUCAGGAGCAGAACAAGCUGACCUUUGAGGUGGUCAAACUGGCCAGAGAUUUGAUAUAUUUUGGUUUCUAUAGCUUCAGUGAUUUGUUGCGUUUAACCAAGACGCUGCUUUCCAUACUCGACUGCGUCUCGGAAACAACAACUGGAGGUGGCUAUGUGAACACGGAUAUUGAUUCUGAGGGAGGAGUACUGCGUUCCAUUGGCGACAUGAGCACUGUGAUGACUUCGUUGGCUUUGGGCUCAGUUGGUCAGGCAAUUGCUGCUCCUGCGAUUGCUCUGCAGCAGCGCAAAUCUGUUUCGCAGCUGAUGAAGGAGUAUCCUCUGGUCAUGGACACCAAACUGAAGAUUAUUGAGAUACUGCAGUUCAUCUUGGAUGUGCGAUUGGAUUACAGAAUCAGUUGUCUGCUUUCCAUAUUCAAGCGCGAGUUCGAUGAAUCCGACGUGGUUCAGAGUCCGACAGCAAGCGAGGAUCAAUCCCAGCAGCAACAACAACAGCAGACGACACCUGGCAGUGCUGGCACGGACUCAGAACAGAUUGCCGCUGCCGAGGCAGCCAUGGCGGCAGCAGCUGCAGCUGCCUCAGCUGCAGCGGCACGGCAGAGGAACAUUGAUCUGGAGUCAAUUGGCGUGCAGGCGGAGGGCAUCUUUGAUUGUGAUCGCAGCGAUGCGUCCAAUUUGGACUUGGAUGGUCAGGGAGGACGCACAUUUCUGCGUGUUCUGCUGCAUCUCAUCAUGCAUGAUUAUGCUCCGUUGGUUUCGGGUGCACUGCAUCUGCUCUUUCGACAUUUUAGCCAGCGGCAGGAAGUUCUACAAGCCUUUCGACAGGUGCAAUUGCUCGUCUCGGACAGCGAUGUGGAAUCCUAUAAGCAAAUUAAGUCCGAUUUGGAUAUAUUACGGCAGAGUGUAGAGAAGUCGGAGUUGUGGGUCUACAAGGCCAAGGCGACGGAUGAGCUCGGUGGUGCCGAUGCCGUUGGUGGUGCCGAUAGUCUGGAAUACGAUGCCACUUUGUCGCCAGAGCAACGCAGCGAGUAUCAGAAGGUCAAGGAGAUUCUCAUACGCAUGAACAAGUUCUGUGUGACGGCAGGACCCAUUGUUAAGCCACGUAAACAUGAGCAGCGUCUGCUGCGCAAUGUGGGAGUUCAUACUGUGGUUCUGGAUCUGCUGCAGAAUCCCUAUGAUGAGAAGGAUGAUGUUUUGAUGAAGGAACUCAUGUGUCUAGCUCACGAAUUUCUGCAGAACUUUUGCCUCGGCAAUCAACAGAAUCAAGUGUUGCUCCACAAUCAUCUCGAUUUGUUUCUCAAUCCAGGCAUACUCGAGGCGAAGACCGUCUGUGCCAUCUUCAAGGACAACUUGGCGCUGUGCAACGAGGUGACGGACAAGGUGGUUCAACACUUUGUGCACUGCAUCGAGAUUCAUGGACGGCAUGUGGCAUAUUUGCAGUUUCUGCAGACGAUUGUCAAGGCGGAGAAUCAGUUUAUACGCAAGUGCCAGGAUAUGGUGAUGCAGGAGCUCAUCAAUGCUGGCGAGGAUGUGCUCGUUUUCUACAAUGACAAGACAUCGUUCCAUCACUUUGUGCAGAUGAUGCAACAACAGUUGCAACGUCGUCAACAGCUGCCGGAUGACAGUCCAUUGAAGUAUCAUGUGGAGCUGGUGAAGCUGCUGGCGUGUUGCACCAUGGGCAAGAAUGUCUACACGGAGAUCAAGUGCAAUAAUCUGCUAUCCCUGGAUGACAUUGUGACCAUCAUUUGUCAUCCGCUGUGCAUGCCCGAGGUGAAGGAAGCGUAUGUGGACUUUCUCAAUCAUUGCUACAUUGACACCGAGGUGGAGAUGAAGGAGAUCUAUGCCUCUGGCCACAUGUGGAGUCUCUUCGAGAAGAGUUUCCUGGUCGAUCUCAAUCAAUUGAUAUCGAAUACAACGGCCACGACAAACAAGACACUGUUGGCCUAUGUCCUCAAUGGUGUUACCAACUUGCUCAGCAGCUUCUUCUCCAGCCCCUUCUCCGAUCAGAGCACCAUUGUCCAGUCGCGUCAGGUGAUCUUUGUGCAGUUGCUCCAGGCUGCCUAUCGUCUCACCCAGUGCAAGUGGCUUUCCCUGGCCGAUCGCUUCAAUGUGGAGAACUGCAUCCGCACGCUGACCGAGUCGGCCAAGAUGAGGAGCAUUGUGUUGCCGCUGGAGUUGGAGCAGCAGGUGGCCAACAUGUCCAGCAAGACGGCGAUGCUGACGCGGCAGACCACAAAGUGGCUGCUGGCCUCCAAGCAGCCCAAGUACGAGACUCAACAGUCGGCACAUCUGAUGCGCUGGGAUCGUUCCAUCAUUGAGGGAUUGCAGGACAUUGUAUCGCUGCUGGAGGAUCAACUGAAGCCGGUCGUCGAGGCGGAACUCUCCCUCCUAGUGGACAUACUCUAUCGUUCCGAGUUGUUGUUUCCCGCCGGCACCGAGGCACGGAAACGUUGUGAAAGCGGCGGAUUCAUUCGCAAGCUGAUCAAGCACACGGAGAAGCUGCUCGAGGAGAAGGAGGAGCGCAUGUGCGUCAAGGUGUUGCGCACGCUACGCGAGAUGAUGGCCAUCGAUGUCAACUAUGGCGAAAAGGGCGACGCACUGCGUCAGACACUUUUACUCAGAUAUUUCCAAACAAAGAGUGCACCCAAGCUGGAGGAGGAGCAUCCACAGCUGCCAGCAGCAGCUGCUGCUGUUGCUGCAGCGGCCGCAGCUGCUGCCGCCUCCGAUCCCGCCAAGCAACUGCAUCUGGUUACCCAUGGACCGGGUGCCAAGUACUUGGCCCGUGCUGGCAAAACGUUGCACGAGAUGCAGAAUCAUUUGGAUCGCGAGGGAGCCUCCGAUUUGGUGGUGGAGCUGGUCAUCAAAUCUGUGCAUUCGCCCAACAUCUUUGUGGAGGCCGUUGAGCUGGGAAUUGCGCUGCUCGAGGGCGGCAAUCCGAUCAUACAGAAGGGCAUGUUCCAGAAGUUCCUCAGCGAUGAUCUGAAUCAGGCAUUCUUCAAGGUCUUCUUCGAGAAGAUGAAGGAUGCCCAGCAGGAGAUCAAGUCGACGGUGUCCGUGAACACCACAGACAUUGCGGCCAAGGCGCAUGAGCACAAGCAGGAUGUCAAUCUGGAGCUGGACAAGAUCUCGCGCAAGCAUGGCCUCAAGAGCAACGGAGUUGUCAUCACGGACGAACUGAAAAGGGAGCUGCACAAUGCGGGAUUAGCCACAGCACGGGCCUAUGGCAAUGCGAGGAAUAUUCACUCCGGCGAGGAGAGCUCAGCGAUCAGCGUGAAUAGUCCACUGGAGGAUAUACUCGCCGAGAAGCUGGAGAAGCAUCGGGACAGCAAGGAGCAGCGCAAUCAGCUGUCCAACAAGGUGCUCGUGAUGCAGCCAAUCCUACGCUUCCUGCAACUCCUGUGCGAGAAUCACAAUCCCGAUCUGCAGAAUCUACUGCGUAAUCAGAACAACAAAACGAACAACAAUCUCGUCUCGGAGACACUCAUGUUCCUCGAUUGCAUCUGUGGCUCCACCACAGGUGGACUUGGACUACUCGGUCUCUACAUCAACGAGCACAAUGUGGCGUUGAUCAAUCAAACCCUGGAGACACUCACCGAGUACUGUCAGGGUCCGUGCCAUGAGAACCAGAACUGCAUUGCGACCCACGAAUCGAAUGGAUUGGACAUUAUCACCGCUUUGAUAUUGAACAACAUUAAUCCGCUGGGCGAGAAUCGCAUGGACCUGGUGCUGGAGCUGAAGAACAAUGCCUCCAAGCUGCUGCUGGCCAUCAUGGAGAGUCGCGGCGACAGCGAGAAUGCCGAACGCAUUCUUUACAACAUGAAUCCCAAGCAGCUGGUCGAAGUGGCCUGCAAGGCUUAUCACCAGGAGGAGCUCAUCGACGAGCAGGACGACGCGGAUGAGCCCAGUGCGGCCACAGAUGAUGAUGAUGCCACAGUCAGUCCUCGCGAAGUCGGACACAACAUCUAUAUACUCUGCCAUCAGUUGGCGCAGCACAACAAGGAAUUGGCCGCACUCUUGAAAGCCUCCGAGGAUCCUCAAUCGGCCAGUUUUGAUGCCAAGACGAGUCAGGCCUUAAUGUACUACGCAACGCACACGGCACAAAUUGAGAUUGUUCGCAAUGAUCGCACACUGGAGCAAAUUGUUUUUCCUAUACCCGAAAUUUGCGAAUAUCUAACAACAGAUACGAAAAUAAAAAUACUUAACACUGCGGAACGUGAUGAUCAGGGCUCCAAAGUGGCGGAUUUCUUUGACAAGGCCGAGGAGAUGUUUAACGAAAUGAAAUGGCAAAAGAAACUGAGAAGUCAACAGUUGCUUUUCUGGAUUAGCAGUUACAUGUCCUUGUGGAGCAAUAUACUUUUUAAUUGCGUUGUCGUUAUCAAUAUGAUUGUGGCAUUUUUCUAUCCCUUUGACAACACUGUUCCAGAACUCAGCUCACAUAUAUCUUUGCUGUUUUGGGCCAUAUUGAUAUUCUCUCUGGUAAUUGUGAUAACGCUACCACGCGAAUCGGGCAUACGCACGUUUAUUGGCUCGGUAAUACUCCGUUUUAUAUUUCUGCUCGGUCCAGAAUCGACACUCUGCUUGCUGGGCGUCGUUACGGUAACUUUGAAGAGCGUUCAUAUUGUGAGCAUAAUGGGUAACAAGGGCACGUUGGAGAAGCAUUUCCUCAAGAUCAUCACCGACUUUCAGCUGCUCUAUCAUUGCAUUUACAUAGCAUUUUGCUUUUGUGGAUUGAUUUUUCAUCCAUUCUUCUACUCGCUGCUGCUCUUUGAUGUUGUUUAUCGCGAGGAAACAUUGGUUAAUGUCAUACGUUCGGUGACUCGUAAUGGACGUUCCAUUGUUUUAACUGCCGUUUUGGCCUUGAUCUUGGUUUAUCUAUUCUCCAUCAUUGGCUACAUGUUCUUCAAGGAUGACUUUUUGGUCUCUGUGGAUUUUGAGGAGCAGGAAUCUUCAACGCCUUUGACGCUAUCGGUGCCUCUGCCGUUGGAGGAAUCCUGUGCCAAGCCAGAUGAACUGGGCGGUUGCAAUGGGAAUCCCACACAGCAGGUAGCGGCCAGCGGAGAUGCCAAGGAACGUUCCUGUGACUCGCUGGUCAUGUGCAUUGUCACAACAUUGAAUCAGGGAUUGCGCAAUGGCGGCGGCAUUGGCGACAUACUCAGAGCUCCUUCAAGCAAGGAGGGUCUCUUUGUGGCGCGUGUGAUCUACGAUCUGCUCUUCUUCUUCAUCGUCAUCAUUAUUGUGUUGAACUUAAUUUUUGGUGUCAUCAUCGACACCUUUGCGGAUCUGAGAUCGGAGAAGCAGCAAAAGGAGGCUAUAUUGAAGACAACCUGUUUCAUCUGCUCGCUGAAUCGUUCUGCAUUUGACAACAAGACCGUUAGCUUUGAGGAGCACAUCAAGAGCGAGCAUAACAUGUGGCAUUAUUUGUACUUUAUUGUCCUGGUCAAGGUCAAGGAUCCCACAGAGUUUACUGGCCCUGAGAGCUAUGUUUAUGCCAUGGUUAAGGCCGGCAUUUUGGAAUGGUUUCCACGAUUACGUGCCAUGUCGCUGGCCGCUGUCGAUGCCGAUGGCGAGCAGAUCGAGUUGAGGAGCAUGCAAGCCCAGUUGCUGGAGACGCAGCUGCUGAUUAAGAAUCUAUCGACACAGCUGCACGAACUCAAGGAUCACAUGACGGAGCAACGUAAACAGAAGCAGCGAUUGGGAUUGCUCAACACGACGGCAAACAAUCUUUUGCCGUUUCAAUGAGGCAGAGCCAGAGAUUAGAGAAAUGAGUAAUGGCUAGACUUAGCAUAGCAAAAACAAAAAGAAAAAAUCAAAUCAAAUCGAUUGAAUUUAAAAACAUUCCCUUGUGUAGAGCAUGCACUACAUAGAUGUUAACUUAAAAGUAUUUGGCACCAUUUCCACUUGUAACUUGUUAAAAUCUCAGUCUGUAGUGGGUCACUCGGGAAAUCCCAUUCUCAAUAUUAAUGCCGUUUGUUUUUCUACAUAACAUUGUCUCGAAAUUUUCGGAGAUCUUUUACUGCUCCGAAUUACAUUCUAUUUUUUAUAUUAAAAUUGUAUUAAAUUCGAAUGCCAACUAAACAUUUCUUUAAACUCGACCAUUUCCAAAUGAAAAACCAACAAGAAUCAAGUACUUUAAAUAAAGAAAGUACCUUUCAUACAUAAAUAAAUAGUAAACUCACUCAGAGAAAUUAGGGCUGUUAAAAUGUUAUUUAGUGGAUUUCUUGAUCCGCAUUUUCACAAGUUGUUGUAAACUCCCCAACUAUUUCUACACCCCCUUUUAUAUAUACAUUUAUCGUAAUUUCAAUGGCAAUGUGUCGCGAAGCGACUUUGGAAUCUUACUUAAUUGUCAAUUUGCGCUGUCCUUAAGUUACUUAUCAAUUAAUUGUUAAUUAUAUAUUCACUAGUAGUGUUGUACAUUAACAUAAUUAUUAUCAAAUCAUCAGUUGCAAUCAAAAACAAAAGUUAAACUAACCAAUUAUUGUGAUUAUAUUUUCCCUUAUAUAUUCACCUAUUCGAAUUGUUUAUUAUUUUACCUUGUACUCGAUGCGAGUUUUGUUGCUUAAUUUUAUUAUAAGAUAACAAUUAAUUAAUAUUCCUAAGAAUCUGUUCUAUGUUUAAGCUAUUUUAAUAAACAUAACUACAUAAUGAAUGUAUAAAAACUUAAAA